GUAGUCAGACCGGGUUGGCCAAUAGUAGAUGACGCAUCAGUAUUAUUGUGAGGUUUUAGAAAAUACAUAGUUGUGCUGCCAACGUAAUUCUACAAACGCAUGUGACGGAGUUUCUGGAUUACCCUUAACUAAUGUCUGCUUACGACCCAUUUAGUGCUCAUAAUGGGGCUAUCCAUGCCUUUAAUGGAACUGAGACCAUUAGCCGCAUGGUUGUUGAUGGGAAUUACAUUGAUGGAUCAUGGGAAUUAUCUGUUUUUGUCGAAGACUUGGGUUCUAAUGUUUCAGUACGAGUGUUAGGCGACCUACCUCUUGGUGGUUUAAUGCAUAGGAUUGUUGAAAAAGUCAAGUUACAACAAAGUUGGUCAGAUCAUGCUAUAUGGUGGAUUGAUAGAAAUAUUUGGCUUCUUCAUAGCCGUACAACUCUGGAUCAGUACGGAAUUCAGUCAGAUGCCAAAUUAAUGUUUCGUCGUAUGCACAAUGAUCUGCAAAUUGUUUUACCUUCCUUAACUUCUCUUGUACUACGUGUCAAUUAUGCUUCCAGAUUAUUCACUGUAGUUCGUGAUAUAUGUAAAGAAUUAAACAUUCGACAUUCGGAAGAAUUAUCGCUAACAUUACCUAUUACCAAAAAUAUGCUCAAAACAAAUUGUCCAUUACCAACUAUUCGCCCAGGAUUAAGACGUCCAGGUACAAACUUACCCAAUUCAAGAAACGAUCAGUCAUCUGCAAAGUCUAAAGUCCAUUCUCCUCCAACAUCAGGUUAUCCAACAAUGGAUGGACAACAGAUGAAUCCAUAUAACACUUUAGCUUCGAAUGCCGGUACAAUGAUGCGAUUUAAAUCCGAUAAUUCCUUAGACCAAGAACGUCUAGAUUUCGCUCGUUAUGCUGAUUGUUCACUAAGACGUUCUGCCAAAGCAGUGUUCGCUGAUAGCUGGUUGAUGAAGCCCAAGAAUUUAGUUCAAAAAGCACGCCUGAAUAGUGGAUGGUUAGAUUCGUCAAGAUCACUUUUGGAACAGGGAAUUAAACCAUCACCGGUGGACUGUGAUGGCCAAGAACAGUGUAGCCCACCAACUUUGUACCUUUGUUUCAAAUAUUAUACAUUUUACGAUCUUAUUUUAAAGUAUGACUCAGUACGAAUUCACCAGCUUUAUGAACAAGCUCGAUGGUCUCUUUUGUCUGGUCAGUUUGAUUGUACAGAAGAUGAGAUGGUUGUUUUUGCUGCAUAUCAGCUGCAAGCUGAAUUACAGUCCGCUGCUGUCAAUCAGGCUUUAUGCACUGCAAACUUCCCUGAUAUCAAUAGUACAAAUCCUUAUUCAACUUUGGGUGUCUGCAGCACAGUAAGUUCUAAUUAUAUAAAUCGCAGUCCUGUGCAUGCAACUUCAAGUCCUGACUUGGCAAAAAAACAUUAUUCCCCUUACUAUGGUCCUGCAACAGGAACACUACCACAGUUUCUCCGGACUUCUGUAUCACCAAUGGGUUCAACUUUUGCAGAUGGAGCAUCAAUUAAUGCACAUAAUAUGAGUGGUGUAGACGAAGUAGAUGAACUCCUUUCAGAAUUAGAACAAUCAUGUGGUGUUACAGAAGAUUCAGAACCAGUAUCCCGUGCUUUGCAGAAUGUAAUACGUCCAGCUAGUCGUGACAUGACAGACACCUCUGAAGUGCCGAGUCUUGAGGGUGCAAUCAAAGUAUUCAGAGAUCGUUCUUUACUCUUAAAACGUUACAAGGCGUACUGGGUUGUGAUCAAAGAAGCUCGAUUGUAUUUGUACAGAAAUAAAACACAAACACAGGAGUUUUUGGCUGAAUAUUCACUGCGUGACUGUACAGUUAAUCCUGAUGUAAAUGUUGCUCAUCAGAAAUACAUUAUCAAGUUAUCAGUCUUUCCAAUGUUGGAUCAAAAGUUGAGUAAUGGAUCUCCAAUUAACAGUCCAUUGCAACAGUCAACACUUCCUAAAGAACUCUGUUCUGUACGUGAAGAAAUAUGGUUGAAAUUUGACUCUGCUGAACAAUACGCCUGUUGGUUGGCUGCAUGCCGUUUGGGUUCACGGGGAAAAACACUAGCCAGCAAAUUGGUCUAUAAUAAAGAGGUUGAGGCCACAUUGGAACUUUUAAAACUCCAGAUGCCUGGGCCAUCGCCAGCUAUGUCACUUUCAGAAUCUACGGCUUAUUUAGGUGAUUUAACAGAUUUCUGCAACGACCGUAUUAUUCGGAAGGCACGUUCUAAAGAUGCUUUACGCCAGCGUAUUACCGAAGCUCAUGUAAACAUCCGUGAUCUUGGUCUACUGGAAGCUAAACACAAGUAUGUCCAAACAUGGCAAAGGUUGACAGGAUUUGGUCGAAGUUAUUUCAUUGUACAAUUUGAACGUGGGUCAUUAGGAUUGCCAAAUGCAAAUAGCGGAGGAUUAUUUAGUACGCCAAUGGAUGAUAUGAUCGCUAUUUGUCAGGGCCGUAUUGAAGUGGUCUCUCCACAGACAGGGGAAAUUUUGCUGACAUGGAAUUUCGCUGAUUUACGUUCAUGGAAUGUUAAUUGGGACGCAGAAAAAGUAAUCCUAGAAUUUCGUAAUUCACAAGUUUCAUUUCGACCGCUAUCAACAAAUUGUAAAACAAUUGUAGAAUUUAUCGGUGGUUAUGUAUUUCUUAGUCAGCGGAAUUUAGAAAAGAGUCAAGAAGUUAAUGAACGCCUAUUUCAUCGUUUGACUGGUGCAAGCGAAUAAUUUUCUUAUAUAUGUAUUCACUCCCAGUUAUUAGGCAAAAACAAAAACCAGAUCUAUAAUUUGAUGAUAAAGCCUACGCCUACAGUACUACUAACGUUUCACUUCUGCGCAUAUUCAAAGGAAUGGAAUUACAUCUUAUUGCAAAAGUUGCUUACUUAGGAUGCCAAAAUCGCUGUAUAUUUUUGGUGAAUGGAUGCCUAUCAGGUAUGUAAACGAUGUUUAACUUUUAUCUACAGUGUAUAUGUUUGUGUAUGUACAAUUUGCGUGCGUCAGUUUCCUGUGUGUGUGUGUGUGCGUGUGCACGUGCGUAUACAAACUGCGAGUCAUUUAUGCACACAUGACAUUUAAAGUCGAAUAUGUUAGCUAUACUAGUCUAACUUAGUUUAGUGGAUGGAUGGGUAGGCUUAUGACUGGGCUAUUGAUUUUCUCUAUUUAGCUUAUCACAAUGAAAUAUCUGUUUUAUGACCUACAGUUUUAUUUGAUUUCACUCAUUAUUAUUAUUAUACUUAUUUCAUUUAGCAUUGUCUCUGUAUGCAUGUGUAUGUGCAUUAGUUAUAUGCCAUGCACGUGUAUACUACAUUCAAGAAGAAUGAAAGUAUAAAAAAUCAUUACCACGUAUAGUUUUAAAAAAAAGAUAUCAGUUCCAUAACCGGAGGUUACUACCUCGAAUCUUAGCGAUAUGGUCUUUCUUUCAGUUCCUAUCGUUUACGUUGUCAAAUCUGCUAAUUGGAGUCAUUGAAAGAAAACGAGGCAGUAGUCGUAAACUUCGGUAUUUUCUCCAGGAUCUUUAUGCCCAUCAAUAUCAAAGCAUUUAAGUGACGAAUCUCGAAAUGAAUAUUAAAAAACGGCCUUCAUUAUUCAUACACUUACAAUGAAGACUAACUAACUCACAGUUUUUUUUGUUAACUGUUUAUAUUUUACCGUUUCCUUGGAGGCUUUUCUGAGUUACCUGCAUCAGUAAAUCUGUAGUAAAACUGAAUAGAAAUGGUAUUUGCCAGUUUUGUAGGAACUAUCAUAUCUCUCUCAGGGUGCCAUCAGGUAAAUGUAUGUGAGGUGCCUGAAAGAUGUUGUUGGUCUGCUUAAAAUCUGAGCUACUGUAAACUUCCAUCUAUGUAUUGCAUAUAAUUUCUCUUAUUCGAUUUGUUUAAAUCUGGUAAAAUAUGACCUCUAAUUGUAUUGUUUACUCUGGAGGGUAUUUAAAACAUUUACAGCCUGGUGGAUUGCAAGUUUCUACUAAAAAUAUGCAAAAGCAUUAGUCUCGAUGGCAGCUUAUCGUAGUACAUGAGAUGACUGUUCCUGAGUGGUGUCUUUAGUUCACAA